UAUUUGAUAAUUAUGUCGCGUGAGUGAUUGAAUAAUAAUUACUUAUUUUCAUUGUAAUAGCUAUAUUUCUCAACUAGAUAAAUUUUAUGAUGAAAUAUCAGAAGGAUUUUAUUAUUUUAUGACGAUUAAUGAUAAGGAAUUUUACAUCCAACUCAUUUAUUGAAAAACACUCAUAAUGUAUAAAAUGAAACGAUCUCUAAAAAAUUUAUGUAUUUAUUUUAUAUUAGUAUUAUUCUUCAUUUGUCUAUUUAACAUAUUUAUUUCAUGGUACAAUAUGGCAAACAACAUUAUGUCUAUUGAAGAAAUUCAAAAUAAAUUCUAUACAUAUUCAGAUAAUGAUGGUUUAAAUGGACCAACAGUAAACAUGGAGAGUUCAAGUCUGGUACGAAAACUGCGUGAUAAUUUUCUAGUCAAGCCUGCAGUUUACAAUAAGGGUAAACGAUCAUAUUAUAAAUUGUCAAAUAUGUAUUUAAGAGAUACUUCCAUGGGGCAGGCUGCUGAAAUUGCCAAAAUAAUUGACUACUCGAAAGGAGGUUUUUUUGUAGAAUGUGGUGCUUUAGAUGGUGAAACUAGAUCAAAUACAUUAUAUUUUGAAAGAUUUCAUGGUUGGACUGGCCUACUCAUUGAAGCAGAUCCAUUAAAUUUUGCUCAAAUGCUGAAAAAAGGUCGAAGAGCUUAUUUAUCACCAACAUGUCUUAGUGUUAAUUCUUAUCCAGAAAUAGUAUCUUUUCUACAAAGAAAAAACAUGGGUCGAAUUGCAGGAGAUGAAGUAAUAGAAGAUGAAAUUAUAUUAAAUAAUAUAGAACUAAAAGAGAUCCCACAAGUUAGAGUUCAAUGUUUUCCUUUUUAUACUUACAUGUUGGCUCUUAAUAAAACUGUAAUAGAUUAUUUCAGUUUGGAUGUAGAAGGUUCAGAACUGAAUGUACUAAAAACAAUACCAUUCGAAAAGAUUGAUAUAAAAACUCUAUCUGUAGAAUUUUUUCAUGUUAAAGAAGGUGAUGAUGGUGUUCGGAAAUUUUUAGAAGAUAAAGGUUAUAUUGUUACAGGAAAAGUCACUAGAGAGGAUAGAUUGGCAAAUGACUAUAUAUUUGCAAAACCAUCAGUAUUGAAACAAAAUAUAUCAUUUUAUGAAAAAUAAGAGAUUAAUAUUCUAAAAUUAUAAGUAGACCUCCUAUAAAUACUUAUAUUUAAAAUCUCAGUUUUUAAAACAAUUUAAUUAUUUAGAUGUUUAUUGUAAUUUUCAAUAUUUAUUUAUAAACAUUUUUUUUUAAUAUUGUAGAAAUGACAAAUCUAUAUACUUAACUUAUUUAAGUUUUCUUGAAUAAUUUAAUUGAAUAUCCAUUAAUAAGAAUGAAUUUUUAAUUUCUGGUGCCUUAUUCUUAAGAUAAAAUAGUUAUAUUGAUUUAAUGCUAUCAUUAAUUUAUUGAUAUCAGAUCUCUGAUGUUUUAUUAUAUAGUUAUUGAGUUUUGUGUUUUUAACCCGAAAGUUAGUUUAUAAUUCUAAUUCUCCAUUGUUAAUGGUUGUUCACCUUUUCUUUAAGUUCCUUAAAAGUUCUGAUUUUUGUAUCACAUUUUAUUGCUAUGUAAAAAAGUUUUGAGAAUGCCUGCAGUGGGGGUGAUAAUGUACACUCUAAUCAUACUUGUUAUUUAUUUGAGCGUUAGCAGUAAUUCAUACUUUUUAAUGCAAGCUUUCUGAUUUUUGUUAAGACGGUGGAUGAUUCUUAUGUCAUGUUGUUCAAUACCUAUUUUUCGUAGUGUAAGUAGAAAUUUAUUCCAAAUAACUUUAUUGAAGGGCUAAUCUAAAUCUAUAAGGCCAAAUAUGUUACCUUAUGUCUAUCAAUCUGUUUUGUAAUUAGCACUCACAGUUAUGAAAUUUCUUCUCUUGUACCUUUUUUGUCUUCUGACUUCAUAUUGAUUAUUUUUUAAAUACUGUUCCACUUAUCAUUCUAUUCUUCAAUUUUUUUCUUUGGGAUAGUUACAAUUAUGCUUUUACAGUAAUCAUCUGGUACUUCUCCUUUCUCAUAUAUUCUGUAUAUCCCAAGUUAUUUGAUAUAAAGUGUCUUUUAUCUUCAUGAUAGAACAUAACAAUAUUCCAGCUGUUAUAGUAUCAACCCAAGUGAUUUACUUUGUUUCAAAUUGUGAAGCGCUAGUUCAAAUUCUAAUUUUAAAAUGGGUAGUGUCGUUUCUGCUUUAUUUAUUGUUAAAUCUUUUAGCUUUUCUCCAUCAUAAAGCUCUUUUAGAUACUUUUUCCAUCGUUUUACUAUGUUCAUAGUUGUUUAUCAUCAACUAAUAAUUGGCCAUUUUUAUCUCAUAUUUUAUAGCUCAAUUUUAUUUUCUCUUUCCAACAAAUUAUUGUAUCUUGUGAUACACAUUAUCUAUUUUUUUUAAUUUGAAUAGCUCAUCAAUUAUGCCACACUGCUAUUCCUGUAGCUUUUCUUGGAUUUCUUGGCUUCUCAAUUAACUACAUUUCAUAGUUAGCAAUAUUUCUGUUUUACUCUCUUAUUACUGUUUUUAAAUUUUCAUCUCUCAUCUAUAAGAUUUUUAGAUAAGUAAUAUUAAAUUAUUUUAGA